AUGGAGAACUCCCGAAAGCGCAAACGCGAGACUCUUGAGGCCGAAAAGUGCAAAAAUACCCAUCAAGCCCCAUCAGGGUACAGCAGCAAAGACGAAGAAGGUGACGAGAAUGAGGAAGCAAAGGGACAGACCUAUUCAGGGCCUACUGAAUGCUUACAAGCUAUUCACGCUGCAUUUAAGUCAGCUCCACAUGUUAGCUUCAUCGGGCAAUAUGAACUUGAUGUUGAUCCCUUGAAAACCACAAAAGAGGAAGUCCGUAUGGUAUCAUAUGAGAUAUGGCGAGCAAGUGGCUACAAAUUUCGGGUAUCCCCAGAGUCCAUGAUAAUCCCAAGAUUGCAACUGGAUACAAAACUCGGUACUGGUGUUGUCAGGAUGAAGGCCAGCGCCAGCGAUCAAGGCCAAGCCAGCAAGAGGGAGCCGUACCUCGAGACAAUGUCGGCAUGA